CCUCUCUCCCUCUCCCUUUCUCUCUCUCUAUCCGUCUUUCUUCUCUCCCUCCUGUGAACUCCCACAUGCCCCCAUCCCGGCCCACCACUCCGAGCCAUGCCGGAGGGAAUGCGCGACGAGCGAGGCGGCCGCCCCCCGGCAACGACCGUCCCCGCCAUCAUCACCAGCAAUGUGGACGAUCACCACCACCACCACCACCGCGAAGACUCCAACUCCAACAACAGUCCCUAUAGCCCUUCCCCCCAGUCCCUUCACCAUCGCGGCGAUUACAGUCCCACUUCCCCCAUUCCCGGCCUCCUCCGCUCCUCCCAGAAUCUCCCCCCGGCCGGCUCCGUGUCGGAUCUGGCAUCAGCGUCGGUCUCCAGUGGGAAUCCUCCGCCGCCCACCAAGAGGGACUCGCGCGACUCGCGCACCUCGCGCACCUCCCGUCCCCUCCCGAUCCAGAGCAACGGCUCCGUCAAGAACCUCGCCUCCUCCCCGACCUUCUUCCACCACGCCAGCGCCGACUCCAGUGCGAUCGAUCCCCUCUCCCAAGUAAGACCCAGUCUCAGACCCCGACCUCUGCGUGGUCCCGUGGCUUCCCGGAGCACCGACCGCUGAUUGACCUGCCCUCUCGCGACAGCACAUCAUCAAGCGCACCAACACCCAGAAGUCCAUCCCCCUCAAGCUGCUGGGCCGUGCCUCCACCGAGGCCGAGUUAGGCGCCGGCAGUGACCCGCGCG